GGAGGCGGGCCCUCGGCCGGUACCUCCCUUUUGGAGACUGUCCGGGAGACCGCCUUCUGACUGACGCCACGAGUUGGGUUUCUUCUCCCGCCUUCCAAGAUCCAAAAGGAGGAUCCAAACGGAGAAUCGAAACUGCGCUGGGCUGUAUGCAGCAGGAACCUGCAGCCGCCGGAUCUCCUGGCCUCCAGCAGGACCCUGUCCUGCCUCAUACGCCCACCAUGCCUCCCCCGGAGUCCCCCUCCGAAGGCCACCAGCCCAGCCACAGCCCAGCAGAGCAAUCCAUGGAAGAGGAGUUCCAGUUCCUGCACUGCCAGGGAUGCCAGGCACCAGCCAAGUGCCCCAAGCUGCUGCCUUGCCUGCAUACCUUGUGCUCAGGAUGCCUGGAGGCUCCGGGCCUGCAGUGCCCCAUCUGCCAGGCGCCCCGACCCGAGGGCGAAGAUGACUCCCCGCCUUUGGAUAACAUAUUCUUCGAGAGCUUACAGCGGCGCCUGUCCGUGUACCGGCAGAUCCUGGAUGCGCAGGCGGCUUGCACCCGCUGCAGAGAACCGGCUGACUUCUGGUGCUUUGAGUGUGAGCAGCUCCUCUGCUCCAAAUGCUUUGAGGCGCACCAGUGGUUCCUCAAGCAUGAGGCACGUCCCCUGGCCGAGCUCCGCAGCCAGUCAGCUCGUGAGUUCCUGGAUGGCACCCGCAAGUCCAACAACAUCUUCUGCUCCAACCCCAACCACCGCACCCCUGCGCUGACUAGUAUUUACUGCCGAGGAUGUUCCAAGCCGCUGUGCUGUUCCUGUGCGCUCCUGGACAGGGACCACAGCGACCUGAAGUGCGACAUCAGCGCAGAGAUCCAGCAGCGGCAAGAGGAGUUGGACACUAUGGCACAUGCACUGCAAGAGCAGGACAGUACCUUCAGCACUGCGCAUGCAGAGAUGCGCUCAGCCAUUGGCCAGCUGGGCCGUGCGCGUGCGGACACAGAGGAGCUGAUUAGCACACAUGUACGCCAGGUGGUAGCACAUGUGCUGGCACGGGAGCGCGAGCUGCUGGAUGCAGUGAAUGAGCAGUACCAGCGAGAUUACCAAGAGAUGGCCAGCCAGCUUCGUCGCCUGGAUGCUGUGCUACAGCGCAUCCGCACUGGCGGUGCGCUGGUGCAGAGGAUGAAGCGCUAUGCCUCCGACCAGGAGGUUCUGGAUAUGCAUGACUUCGUGCACAAAGCGCUCAACCGCCUACGCCAGGAGGAACCCCAGAGCCUGCAAGCUGCCCUGCACACAGAUGGCUUCGAGGAGUUCAAGAUCCGCCUGCAGGACUUCAUCUCUUGCAUCACCCAGGGAACAGAUGCAGCUGUAUGCAGGAGAGCCAGCCCAGAGACUGCCGGAACUCCCAGGGAGCCUUUUGAUGUUGACUUGCCGGACGAGGCACAGAGAGUUCAGGCCCAGGCCCUGGGGCUGGCUGAGGCCCAACCUGUGGCUGUGGUACAGUCGGUGCCCGGAGCACACCCUGUGCCACUGUAUGCCUUCUCCAUCAAAGGCUCCUCUUACAGUGAGGAGGUCUCCAACACAACCACCCCCCAGAAGAGGAAGUCCUGCCAUACCCAGUGUUCCAGGAAGGUCAUCAAGCUGGAGUCUGAGGAAGACAAGGAGGCGAGAUUGGCUUCAAGUUCCCCGGAGCAGGCCAGGCCCAGUACCUCCAAGGCUGUCUCACCUCCCCAUUCGGAUGGGCCCCCCAGCCCUGAGAGCCCCAUCAUAGGAAAAGAGGUCCUCCUGCCCAACAACAACCACGUGCUUGGCGACACUGGGGAGGCAGAGGAACGCAUCGUUGUGAUCAGCAGCUCAGAAGACUCAGAUGCCGAGAACUCGUGCACGGAGCCGCCGGAGACUGCUGAGCCACACUCCUCACCAGCCCACUCCCUGCUGAGCGCGCCAGGAGCUGCCCACCCCCAUCCAGCCUCCCACCAGCCCCGUGGCACAGGCCACUUGCCAACCUGGCCUCCCCACCAUUCCACGGCCGUCCCCGAUGCUGAAUCUCCCAGCCAGCCUGCCGAUCACCAGGAGCAUGCUGCCAUCCACCGUGGGAUCAGCGUCUACCCGUGCAGGGCACAGAGAGCCAACCGCCUUCACCGCCUUCUCCGCUUGCCUGCCCAACUAUAUCGUGCCCCCAUGUGGACUUCCUUUCCCCCUGCUGCCCAGGCUACCACCUCUACCACCACAGGGCCUCCUAGCCAUCCUACCAAUGCCCAGGAGUGUCCUCCCUGUCUGCGGAGAGCCAUCAGCCCAUCCCGCCAGGUGUGCAGGUCCCUGCAAUCCCGCUGCCGCUCCCUCAGGGGUUCCCGCCAUUUAGCUCAGUGGCUCGAAAAUAUCUUUGCCCUCCCUCGCUCCUACGCGGAUUUCCAAUUUAAUGCCUCUUCCAUAAGAGGCCCACAGGGAGGCCAAGCACCCCAGACUUUUAGAACAAGAGUUCCCCCCAGGGAUUGUGGCAGAGCUCCCAUGGAGAAUCCCCAAGUCCAAGUCCCAACUGGAAGUUCCUCCAACUGCUUUCCCAUUUUCCCACCCUCCCAAGAGGCCCCCCACCAGCCUAGGCCUGGAUACCCCUAAGACAGACCUCUGAGAGCACUGAGUGCCUCCCUCCUCUGUAGCUGCUGGCCACCCCACUCCCAACUUUGCAGCCAGACCUCCUGCCUUCACCAGCCCACGUACCUAAAGGCCUGCAGAGUAGACAUGGGUUAAUUCCCAAUCAAGGAAGAGACCAAGGAAUGAAUGGACCUCUGGGUAAGGAGACGAGGCCCCCAUGACUGAAGGGACACUGAAGGCAUUGCUGAGAUUGGGGCUACCCUUCCUCACAGGCCUCUUUGUCCAAGAGGGGAGUUCUCUUGCCCUUUGUACCUUCCUGUGUCCCAAGCCCCAUCUCCAUCCCCUACCCAAGCCUGUCCCCUGAGCCUCUGCCAGGAUCUGAGCCCCUGUGUGCAGGGACUGUGUCUAUCCCAAGACCUGGCAGAUGUGGCUGCUUAAUAAAUUCUUGCUGAAUGAUCAUCCUUGCGAACCCUUAUUCCAUGACCAUCAGAUUCCCUGGUGGGUUGAGCUGUUCCCUGCAGGUGGUUUUGUCUCCUUCCUGCAGAAAACUUGGUUCUCAGAACUCCAGGGAUACCACGUUCCUUCUUCCUCCCACACUCCGCAGCAUCAGAGGUGGGAGGUGGGGCAAGGCUCUGGACUGUCCCAGUCCCACUACGUGGUAAGACCCCCCUGUGACACCAAGAAACAAUUCAGGGGGUGUACCCAACUUUCCCUGCCUCAGACAUCCACCCCCCACCCCUCUAGAGGGAAGAUGUGAGCAUCUGCCACCUAGAUUUCUUCCUCCACUCGGUUCCUACCUUCUUACUGAGUAUCUUCAACAUCCCUCACCCUGCCCUUUGCUACAGCCUCUCAAGGGUCUUCACCUCACUUCACUUUAGCUACCAGACCUGUGGCCAUAUCACGUACCUUACCACUGCCAAGAACCACCGACCUCUAACCUGUCCACUCAGACUACAGUCUCAGGUUCCUUGAGCCCUUGGUCCUGACUGCCAGCACCAUCCUCUUUCAGUCAUUCUUCAUCAGCAUCAGGAUCUCAGAUCCCAGUUCACAGGACCUGCUUUUAGGCCUGCCCCGCUGAAACAGCCCUGGUAGGAUUCAGGAGCUUGCUGCCUCUUUGCUGCCCCCUGAAGGCAAGAUUUGUUGGAGAAAAGACACCCAGAGAGGAAAAAUGCAAAGGAUGGUGUCCAGCCUCUGAGGGCCCCUUGGUGCUCCUCCAUGUCACCCUCCUGCUUGCCACCACAACUCCCUACCACCACUUCUCUAGGCUUCAUCCUGACCCUCACUUUAAGCUGGUAAGUGUACUCUGCUCCAGAGAGAAGCUCUCUGAUGGCCUAGGAAUGGUGGACAUCUGGCUACCUAAUUGCAGAUUUAUCUGACCCUGUCACAUCGCUUCACCUAUCCCUUUUGUUAGGGUGGUGGGGCUGUCUGCCUGCCUCUAGGAUUCACCUUGUGUCCUGGCCCAGCUCCCUAGAGCCUCACUCCAUCUUCUUAUCCUCAUCUCUCCAUCUUUUGAUGCUUUCACUUCUCCACUCCCCCUCCCCUUGUUUAGGGUUCAUGCUUCUUCCUCACCCCACUUCUCUGUGCCUCCCUGCCAUGCCAGUGAACCCUACCCACUGGCACCAGGGAAUCCCCUGCCUAUGAGUGCAGUGGUCCCUUCAAUCCUGGGUAUCCUUGACCAGCAUCAGCGGUUUCCUUCUGUUGCUGUGGGUACUCCAUUCUUGAGUCUCUACAUUCUUGUAAUGUUGGCAUUUUUCCAGCUUUGGUUAUAACCCUCUUUAUUUAAUCUGCACAUUCUCACGAUGAUCUCAGCUGUACCAUGAUUCCAAUUACCGCUCUGGGGUAGCUAAGGCCCAGUCUGCUCCUGCUGCCACAUUAGUGUGUCCAGUGGCCUUGAACAGAUCAACCAGGGUGCAGUAGAGGUACCCCAGCCUCAUCCUCUCUUCUUUCCUCUCCAAGGAUUGUCCUACCCUCUGACCCCAGAGCUACCCAGAACCCCUCCUUUUUUAUUAUUCCUCACAUCCAGCUAAUGUUUGAGUCAUGUCUUUCCAUGGGCCAUAUUCCUGAUACCUGGGAGAUUUUUUCCAUCCUGUGAUCUUGAUAAGGUUAAAGCUACCACUGACCUUAGGUAGAAGUAGAAGCCCAAGGAAGAAAAGACGGAGAAGAGGAUGGUGAUGCCAGUAGGCUCACCACAUAUCCUGGAGAGUUGAGCUGAGGAACUGGAUCCAGUAAUAUGUGGGGGCAGAGAGGGAAGAAAGGCAUCCAUCCAGCCCCAGCUAUUCACAAAGAGUCAGUGGGGUUAAUCAGGUUGGAGGGAUAAGUAUAUUUUGAGUUAUGAAGUGAAAAACCAGAAGCCUGCUGGCUUUAGAGCUGGACCGGAGAUAUGGGAGAGAGCCAGACGCCCACUGCUUUUGCAUGUAUAAUCUUUAGAAAUACAUAAAAAUAAAUUAAUCAUUACAGGAGUCCCAAACUUUCAAAUAUAUAUAUGUAGUAUUUAAAACACCAAGAACAAAGUAAGUCCCCUUUGUGUAUUUCUCACCCAUUUUCAUGGUCCCUUCCAGACCCCUAGUGAUCCUAGGGCACCUUCAGUAUCGCCAAUGCAAGUUCCCACUCCCCAGAGCAAGGGAUUAGGGGCUCUAGAGGGCCCCAUUCCUAUGUCCUCCCCAUCUGCAGCCUUUAUCCAGCCUUUCAGUGUGUGAGAGUUGUAGAAUACUGGCCUGCUGAAGCUGCACAUUUUCCAAGUUUCCCUGGGAUGAGGAGGGACUCUGCAUGGACUUCAGCUGUGUAUGUUGCUGGACUUUGCCCUUAUGGGACUUGGGUGAGAAACUUUGAGCAAAGAGGAAUGUUCCAGAAAGAGUUCAUCCCUGCUGGAGGAGGGAGUGGGAUACAGUCUUGGGGUGGAGGGCCAGGCCUGCUGUGGGAUGAGGACUGUUUAAAAACUGCAAGGGUGGGUCAGCAAGACCUCUAACAGGGGCCUUCUUUUAGUACAUAAAGCAGCACAAGAUAGAUGUUCUCAUCUACUUUUGUGACAGAUGACUGGCUCCAGUGCCUCAGUGGCAGCAGCAGAACCAAAUGGAAAUAGGAGGGGCUUGGCCUAGGGGUGGCCUGUGUUAGCCAUGGCAGUGGUGACCAGCAGAGGAAGGGAGGCCUGUGAGAAGCAGCUGGUCCAGAGGAGGGCCAUGAUGCUGAUGAGUGUGCAUAUCAGAAAAAAAAAAAAAAAAA